AUGGAUCCCAAUCAUACAGCUUCAUCAUGUUAUGAUAGUAUGACGGCCAGUACAUCAGAUGAUCCAACUAUUGAACGAAAAAUGUCAGAAGAAGCGUAUAUAGAUGCUCCAUCAUUCCUAUAUGAUGUUGAUACAGAUUUUAAUGAUUUAAAAAAUGCUUUAAAGAGUACACAGUUUUUACAAGAUUCUGGCUAUCAAUCAGUCAUGGAUCGUUUACAUAAUCCAUUGUCUACCUCAUUAGUUUGUACAGAUGACAUCAGUCUCAAUGGUGAAGACAGUUUAGAUGAUCAAUGGGAUGGCUUCUUGACUGUUGGAGUUGAUCGAUGUAAAAUAAAGGAUAUGUCAGAUAUAUUAGCUUCACGUUAUGCCUUUCUAUCCGGUGCCCGAACGAACGAAGGACUUACGAUAGUAACAUUUCCGGAUUCAAGAGCUCAAUUAUCAUUUGAUGAUUAUCAAUUAUUAAUUACUUACUUGUUACAAGUUCCUGCAUUGGAAGAGAGUCAUAAAGGAUUUGUAUUAAUUAUUGACCGACGAAACGAUAAAUGGACAUCUGUACGAACUGCUUUGAUGAAUGUCUCAGCUUUUUUUCCUGGAUACAUUCGUGUGGUUCUUUUAUUAAAACCUGAAGGUGUCCUACAACGAGCCCUCGAAGUCGGCUAUCGAGGAAUAGCGGAGAAUUGCGCAUUCAAGGUGAUUCUGUGCGAAUCAUCGUUAGAUCUUCGACGAUUUCUUCGGGCUGAACAGUUGACGAUGGAUGUUGGAGGACUAAUUAAAUACAAUCAUCUUGAAUGGGUUCAGCAUCGAAUGGAUAUCGAACGAAUGAAAUCUUCAGCAACUGUUAUCGCUCAAUCCUUAGCAGAUUUUGGAAGAACAUUACGAGAGACAGAGCUACCCAAUGAUGCUGAAACGACCGCAAGAAUUCUUCAAAUACAAACUUCCGAACGAGAUGCUAUUAAGGAAGAUUUUCGGAUAUCAGCUCGUAAAGGCUUGGCUCUUCUACGAACUGUUCGUCAAUUGGAGCAAAAACCAAAAGCUGAACAACUCAGUCCAACCCGUCUUCACAACGUUACAUCAAUUGAACGGAUGUUGGUUCAAUUAGAAGAAACGGAAAAGUCUUUUGACACAUUCUGGGCGAAGCAUGAAAAGCGUCUGAUGAAUUGCCUUCAAUUGCGUCAAUUUGAGGAUUCUUUUCGAAAGUUACAAUCAUCGUUUGCCCGUCAUAUGCUGUAUUUGGAAGAACAUCGAGAAGUAGGUGACGGAGCAGAAGGAGCUGAGCUUUUAGCCAAACAACAUCAGGAAUAUUCAUCUCAAGCCAUGGAUGAUGUCAAAACAGCUCGUUCACUUAAAGAAACAGGCGAAGAGCUGAUUUCUUCAAACGACGUUGAGUUGAGUGCUAGCCUUUUACCUAAAUGCGAAGAACUUGAACGAAUGGCUGAUGCUUUGACAGGAGCUUUGGAGAGAAGAGCCAAAGUUCUGGAAAUGAGUCGAACAAUGCAUUCGCAAAUCCAAAUGGCAAACUUGUGGUGCAAAAAAGGAGUUGAAAUCCUAACAUCAUUGCCGAACGAAAUGUCACCCACUCUAGCAGCUAAUGGUUUGCUCAAGAUGGAUGAGUUCCUUGACGAAGGCUCUAAACUACAGCUGGACGCUUUAUCUCAAUCACCUUCGAUAAACAGCAUGAUCUUAUUGACAACAACAGAAACAUCGUCUUUAUUGGCUCAGGUAGCCGAACGAAUCGACGAUAUCCGUCGAAUGUCUGUGGCUCGUCGAGAUGUAUUAGCAAAGGCUGCAGCUGAAUCGAAGAAGCCGGUACAAGUAGUGACGCCGGAAAAAGUAAAAAGGAUUGAAGAUAGCGUUCCAUCGCGUGAAUUAGAAGAUGAUAACACUGGAAGAAUGAUGUGCUCAGCUGAUGUCCCAUCUGUAUCCUCUUCUCCACAAUCUUCACACAGCAUGUCAAUUGAACGAUUCGUUUUAUCAGAAUUGUUGACAACGGAAAAGAACUAUGUGGCUGAGUUGGAGUCAAUCAUCGAGAACUAUAUGGAUCCGUUCGAUUCUCCGGAAAACCAAAGCAUCUUAGCUCCAGCCAUUCGUGCUCAUCCAGAACUUGUCUUUGGAAAUCUUCGCGAAUUACACCAUUUUCAUUCCCGAUUCGUCUUGCCACAACUAAAUGCCAAUGAAAAUUCACUUUCCGGAAUAUGCAGAACGUUUUUACAACAGAAACAUAGAUAUUUGGCUUUGUACCACAUGUACUGCCAGAACAAGUCAACAACUGAACAAAUUCGCAAAGAAUAUGUUGAUAACUCUCCCUUUUUUGCCGAAUGCCAGCAAAAGGCAAAUCAUCUACUGCCACUCAGUGCUUACUUACUGAAACCUGUACAAAGAAUAACAAAAUAUCAAUUAUUGCUCAGAGAACUUGAACGUCACUGUCGGCCAGAGAUAAGACCGGAAGUUUCAUCAACGUUGACAACAAUGCUCGACCUUUUAGCCCAGAUUAAUGCAGCCAUUCAUCAGUUGCACAUUUCCGGCUUUAAUAGUGAUCUGAGGUUAUUAGGAGCGUUGAGGUUACAAUCGGAAUGUGACGUUUUCACUUACAACAGAAAGAAGAAAACUAAAGUCACCCGAGCACAACGUCGACAUCUCUUCCUAUUUGACGGUGGACUGCUUUUCUGCAAAAAACGAAGUCCGCCGAAUAGCCAACCUUCUCAAAUGGAUCCUGAAUACUUUGAGCACAAAAUGUGCAUUCCGACGUCUUCACUUGGCUUCUCUGAUACCUCUAAAACUGCCUCUAAUCGAUUUGAAGUUUGGGAUGAUGCUAAAUCUGAAGCGUUUGCGAUCGAUACCCUAGAAUCUGGUCAUCGUGAGCGAUGGGUUAACCGGCUCCAAGUUCGGUUUUCUUCUGAUUUGGAUUAUCAUCGAAUGGAUAUGGAUAGGCAACGACCUAAAAGCUGGGCCAGCACAGCCAGCAAUGACAGUUCGUUCAGUUCCUCAACACGCACUAGUGAUGAAAGUUCGAAUAUGAUGGAUACUAAUGGUAACACUCAAACAGCAACUCUAUUUGAAUCUCCGACAACGAUGUCACCGUUACACAGUCCCACAUCAACCUUAGACACAUCGGGCGAGUCAGACCAUGUAGUGCCGCACACCCCAAUAGUCCCAAUCUCAGAAUCACUUUCAUCAAACUUAGUGGAGUUGAAUGAAGAAGAAAUAGAGUUGGUUGAGGAUGUUUAG